AUGCCACCUCACCCACCGUUCUCAGCUCCUCAAGAGACACCCUCCGUUUCUUCGCUUCCGUCUCCUGAGAAUCGCGGCGCUUCAUUUGAUCCACUCAGUCCCAUUGGUCGACCUGGGCCCAUCGGGCCUCCAAGCUCCAACAUGCCUACAUGGCAAGGCGAUCGUGGCGUAAAUGCGUGGAACAACUUCAGUAUCCACACAAACAAGCUUGAGCACGAAGAGUCUCAGAAGUUCCGCCAGGACUUCAAGACCCGGGAGCAGCAGCAACCCGCUAAGAACCCCGUCGCACCUCAAACCGCGACCUGGAAGAAAGUGCAAAUCGGGCCCAAUGGAGAACGGCACACGACUAAGACUCAAAUCGCUGCUGCUUCGGAGCCUGAUAUCUCUGGGCCACUGAAAGAGGCUGCUAACUCUUUCGCAGCCCUUGAUGUCGCAACUGCUCCUGUGGAUAUUCUUCCCUUCUCGGAGAAUCAUGUUCGGCUUCCUAUGGCUAGUGUCCCUGUUCGCAGCUCUCGUUUCUUUCCGCAGGCCGCUGCUAAUGUUGACCAAUCGAAGCGGUCCAUCACCGAAAGGUUUGGCUCUGACCACAGCGAUUCGCCGCCCCCUCCCGAUGACGAGGCUGGUCUUCAUCCCGUCUACACGAGCGCCUCUGGGCCACGAGUUCAUCUCCCGACUCCUAAGCCUGUUGUCAAACUUCCGCCUCAGGCAGAGGCUACUGCCCCGCGAGUCCCAGCCCCUCCUCCCACCUUUGCUUCGAUGGCUGCUGCAGCUCCACCCCGUGCCAACCCGCCAUCGGCCGCUCCAGCCAUCUCUUGGCAGGAGAAGUUCAACGGUCUCUUCGGGAAGAAGACUUCUCCUGAGAAGAAGGGUGCCCUGGCUGUUACAUCUGCUUCGAAAGAGCCACUCGAUGUUCAGCUGACCGCUCCGGCUGUGUCCAUUUCUCUUCCCAGCAAGAGUGCUGGCUUCCCUAGCGGUGAUGGUGACCUUGCUGCCCGGCAAGUAGCUGAAGAAGAAGAAAUCUUCGAGGACCGUGAGCCCGGUUCCCAGCCAGGUGUCCGAGUCCCCCAUAUGGCUCCCCCGUUGGCUUGGCAAGCUGCUCCUGCCCCUUCCCAGAGCAAGCUUCGAGUGAAGAAUAUGAAAGCGACGCAAGUUUUGACUGUUGACGCAUUCCACAUUGGUCAUGGUGACAAGGACAGCCAUGGCAACUUAAAGGUCCAGAUUCUUCUCCCCGGUAACGAGGAGUCAAAGACUGUCAUCCUGCGCAAGAAGAGUCAUGGUCCUUCUCCCCGCCAUCGUAACACUAGCACAACGUUCAACAAACAACGCCGAAAGCCCCAGUCAGACACUGGCUCUGGACACCCACCCCACAAGAAGCGAGUCGAGUCCCAGUCGGCCGAAGGUCCUGGUUCGCGCAAUCAACCUCGCAGCACGCCUUGGUCCCGGAGUGGAUCGAACUAA